GGAGCUAGUCUCAACAGCCAAAGUAGAUCGGCAUCCGAGGAGGACAGAGGGGAGGGAGGUGAAUCCAGCGACCCCGAGGUGGUGGAGCAGGGAGCUGCCGGCCCUUACGUGGAAGGUGUGGAUUACAAACUCGGUAGUCUGCAACUCGGACUCAUAUACGACUUUCAAACUCUAACCUUGACAUUGAGGAUUAUCAAGGCCAAGGACUUGCCGGCCAAGGAUGUCACAGGCACCAGUGACCCUUAUGUGAAAAUUAUGCUUCUGCCCGACAAGAAACACAAACUGUUGACAAAGGUUAAGAAAAAGAACCUCAACCCACAUUGGAAUGAAUGUUUUCUCUUUGAAGGUUGGCCGCACAACAAGCUCCUGGAGAAGACCCUGUACUUACAGGUUAUAGACUACGACAGGUUCAGCCGGGAUGACCCCAUCGGAGAGACCUACAUCCCUCUCAACGAGGUGGACCUCUCCACGUCGCCGGUGUCGUGGAAAUACUUACAGCCUUGCAAAGAUUCCCGGGGCAAGUUGGGCGAGCUAUUGCUGUCCCUGUGCUACCAACCAAACAUCGGUCGUCUGACUAUCACAGUGAUGAAGGCUAAAGAUUUGAAAGCCAAGGAUCUCACAGGAUACUCAGAUCCCUACGUGAAAAUUUGGCUGUUUUACGGCACCGCCAGAAUGGAGAAAAAGAAGACGAGCAUCAAGAUGAAGACCCUAAACCCAACUUACAACGAGGCUUUUACCUUCGACAUUCCUUGGGAGAAAGUCAGAGAGGCCAAUCUAGAGAUUAGUGUCAUGGAUUUUGACAAGGUGGGGCGAAAUGAACUGAUCGGUCGAGUAGUUCUGGGCUGUCGCAGUGGACCCAUGGAAACUCGACAUUGGAACGACAUGGUUGCCAAGCCGAGGCAACAAGUUGCUCAAUGGCAUAUGUUGAAAGACUAA